AUGUCACAUCUCAGGGAAGCCGACCCUGUCCUGUCCCUCACGCUCUUCCCUCACCUUCAUUCUUACUGCCUUUGGGCCUUUGCCAUUCUGCCUUUUGCCCUUUACCAUCCAUCGAGUGACCCGAACGACGGAAAAUUACAGGAAGAAAAGCAAAGGGGCAAAAGCUGCAAGGCAUCCUCCAUGGACUACUCCGGCCAGUACCAGUUUCCCCAGCAGGCAUAUCACCACCAGCCGUUCGUGCCCUUGACGACGGCGCAGCCAGGCCCCUCUGACGGCGACUUCAACAACGCCUCGUCUGCGCAUGUGCUGACCCUGCCGACUCCCGGACAGGACCCCUUCGAUGGCAUGCAUGCCGCUGAACAGUUCCAACCCUUUACUUUCCCCAAUGACUUUGGCAACCUAUCUCAUCACAGCUUUUCUACCCCUCCAACCUUACCAGUCGACUGCUCGAGCGGCUUUGACAGGGACCAGCAACUGCAGCAGCAGCGCCAUCACCAUCACCAUCUUCUGCCUUCUCCGCGUCACCAGCCUCGUGGGAGCACCAGCACCAAUGGAGCCAUGACUGCUGACCAGGGCGUUGCGACCCCCGAGGAUGGACCCUCUGCCCGGACAGGCAGUGACGAUGACGAGAACUUGACGCCGGCUCAGUCGCGGAGGAAAGCCCAGAACAGAGCUGCCCAGCGAGCCUUUAGGGAGAGGAAGGAACGGCACGUCAAGGACCUAGAAGCUAAGCUUGCCAACCUCCAGGCCGCGCAGCAGAAGACCGAGGUGGAGAACGAGCGGCUGAAACGCAACCUCCAGAAGGUGUCGACGGAGAACGAGAUGCUGCGCGCCACCUCGUCGAUGGGUAUGGGUGUUCAAGGCACCCACGCGCCGGAACCACCGACAGAUACAAGCUUCAAAGUGGUCCAAAAUGACGAGAGCAAGCAGCUCCCCAUCGACCCGUCGGAUGACGUCGAUCGAUUGCUUCCCUUGGGCGCCACCUGGGACUUCAUCAUCACCCAUGACCUGUUUAAGCGAGGCCUCGUCGACAUUGGCCAAGUGACUGAGCGCCUCGCGUCCUGUGCCCGCUGCAACGGCCAGGGCCCGGCCUUUACGGAGCGGGACAUCCUCCGCGCCAUGGAGCUGAGCGUUGGCAGCGGCUCGGAUGAUUUGUUAUCAUAA